UGUUAUCAACUUAUUAUGUCUCUACUGAGCUUGUCUUCACGCCAGCCAGACCUCCUUGCAAAACAAACCAAUACAGAUGAUGAAUGCUUCAAACAGGUGUCCACUGUUCCAAGGCUUAACUUAGAGGCUCCCAAGAACACAGCAGCUGCAAUCCCACAUGAACUUGCAGCUGAAGAUUCUCGUAUACGAAAUAGAGUAGCCGAUUACAUUAAUGCACAGGGGAUGCUGGCCGGAACCGCAUACGCUGAACAGCUUCUUCUCGAGUUGAAUUCUGCUGCUCAAAUCAAUCGUGGUCCAGAUGGUGUCUUCGAAUCAUCGCGUCUCCAUUGGGAUAUGAUUUUGGGCCGUGAUGAGACCAUCUACCCAUCUGAUUACCUCAAUUUUGACUCGAAAAUGAAGUUCUGA